UGUGCAGGAGCAGGAGGGGCUGCUGACGGCAGCAGGCGAUAGAAGGGUCGGGCUGCGGUGGCAAUAAAAGGUGGCCUGAAUUCUCAGUUCAUCCCAAGCAGAGAUCAGAGGCUCAGCAGCAACAUCAGCAGCGCCACCAGCGGGAAAGAUCGAUCAAAGAUGCAGAGGUGCUUCGGCGUUUUUUGCGUGUCGCUCAUCUUAUGCGCAACGCUCUCUGAGACCAUCGGGCUGGUUAUUGCGGCAAAAGAAAGGCGUGGCUGGACUCUGAACAGUGCUGGCUACUUGUUAGGUCCUCGUCGUAUUGAUCACCUAAUUCAGAUAAAGGAUUCUCCCAGUGCCAGAGGCAGAGACGAGCUGGUCACACAAUAUGGAAUUGAUGGACACAGGACACUAGGAGACAAGGUGGGACUGGCUGGCAAGAGAGACAUGGGUCAGGAGGAAGACAUCAGAGCAGGUCCUCUGCAAAUACAAGAUGAAGACAUCAUCCACACUGUCAUCGAUUUCCUGUCGUACCUCAAGCUUAAAGAGAUGGGAGCCUUAGACAGUCUGCCAUCUCCUGCCACAUCGGAUGAACUGGCCAGUCCCUGACAUCUCUCCUCCACCUGUGUCCUCCUACAAUCUUUCAAAUGUUUGGCCACUUAGUGCCCUAAAUGUCCAAUUACCUUGGCUCCACGGGCAAACAUAUUAUCUUCAAUUAUAAAUCUUGGAUGUUUCUGUUCCUGUGUAAAUAAAACUUUUAUCUACUGAA